AUGGAUUUUAUUCAAGACAUAUUGGAUAUUAUUGCCCCAAUUCUAUCAAUCUUCUUGUUCCCCAUCAUCUUGCCUCUUAUUAUAUUUCAUAAUAUUAUCAAAUUCAUUUCAAACAGUUUCUUUAAGAAGGCUAAUCUCGCCGGAAAAGUAGUCCUCAUCACCGGUGCUUCUUCCGGCAUAGGAGAGCAACUCGCAUAUGAGUAUGCAAGGAAAGGAGCUCGGCUCGUGCUUGUUGUGCGGCGAGAAGAGCGACUCUUUCAGGUGUCAGAGAAGGCGAGGCGGUUAGGGUCGCCGGAGGUGCUGGUGGCAUGUGCCGACGUGUCAAAACGCAAGGACUGCAAAGAAUGUGUUGCAAAAGCAAUAAGUCAUUUUGGAAUAUUGGAUCAUCUAGUGAACAAUGCAGGAAUUCAUAAUCCAGUCUCCACUUUUGAAGAUAUUACUGAUUUUGACUCUUUUAUGCCCAUGAUGAACAUAAACUUUUGGGGUACAAUUUAUUUAACCAGAUAUGCAAUUCCAUACCUAAAGAAGAACAAAGGGAAGAUCAUUGCAGUAGCAUCUUCGGGCGCAUGGCUACCCAUUCCGGGUAUAUCGAUGUAUAGUGCUACAAAAGGUGCGAUGAUAAGCUUUUACGAAGUUUUGAGAUCGGAGAUUGGAUCAGACGUUCAAGUAACAAUCGUGGCACCAGGUUUAGUGAACUCAGAAAUGACUAUGGCUGAAGAAUUUAUCAAGAAGGUAAAUAUGGUUCGUUCGCCGGUGGAGUCAGCAGAAAGAUGUGCGAAAUCGAUCAUAAGAAGGGCGUGUUAUGGGGAGAAGUUUGUCUUGGAGCCUGCCUGGAUGAGGACUGUGUAUUUUUGGAACCAACUUUGUCCAGAGUUAACACAAUGGAUCGAGAAUUGGAUAUUGCAAACACAAUCUUGGUCUAGUCAAUCUGGGUCUAGUUCAAUGAAUCAUGGUUUAAAGGUGGAAUAAGUGGGCUUGGACAUUUUCACUACCACUUACCUGAGCUUGUUUGAUAUU